AUGCGCAAUGUUCCCUUCUCUGCAACCGAGGAAGAAAUUGAAACAUUCUUUUCUGGACUUACCAUUGCAACAGCUCCCCUCUAUAGACAGAGUCAUCAUUCUCAUGCAGGAGUUCCAAGUGGUAAUCAUCAUCAUGGCAAAGGAACCACCUCCUCACUUCUCAUGAAUGGUGGCGAGGAGCCAAGCACAACAACUACCAAUCUCAACUCUGCUACAGAUGAAAGCAGUAGUAGCAGCAGAAGCAGUCAGAGUGGUAUUGGUGCUGAUGAAAGUAAGAGCGAGUCACCACAAGAACAUCGUGACCACGAUGAACACACUCAAGAAGCAGCACGAUCUCUUUCACAACAAUCUUCCAUGCCAACUCGUAGAAAAAUCUUUUCGUCAUUAAUCCAAUAA